GUAUGACCGCGAAUAUGCAAUAGAACAGUUUCGAUAUUGCGGGAGACGAGCGUCAACGUCGUCAGACGCUCUCAAAAGAAAAAAAAUCUUUUUCUUUUCAUUAUUUUUUUUGUGAAAAUUCGGUCGGUGUAAUGGGAAAUAAUUCUACCAAACAUACGAGUAAUAACCGCCCGAAGAAAAAUGUACACUGGAAAUCGGCAGAAAUUCCAUCUCCACCAGGCAAACCAAUUCUUGUUCCAAACAUUGACGCACCACCAGACGUUGUUACUCUUCGAUGGGAAAAGCCUCGGACAGAUGGUGGUUCGCCCAUUUACGGAUAUCUAAUCGAACACAGACGAACUGGAUCACCACACUGGGUCAGGGCGAGUCCAUCUUUAGUACAUUUUACAGAAUUAACAUUAAGCGGAUUGGAGCCCGGUUGGCGUUAUCAAUUCCGAGUCACAGCGGAAAAUGCUGUUGGAGCAUCUGACUACAGUGAGCUUUCGGAUCCAGUGACUGUGACAUUACAACGAAAUGCAGUUACUCCGCCGCGAUUCGUUUACGAAAUUCAAGAUACAGUAGCUGUAGAAAAUGAAAAAGUCGAAUUUCGAGUGCAGGUGCAGGGCACACCUCCUCCAAUAAUCAACUGGUAUAAAGACGGUUUCGAAGUAUUCAGUAGUCGGCGAACGAAAAUUAUAAAUGAAAACAAUACCAGCGUACUGAUCAUACAUCAGGCAGCAUUAACAGACGAAGGAGAAAUUAAAUGUUCAGCAACGAAUCGUGCAGGUCAUGUUAUAACAAGAGCACAGUUAAAACUCGAAGCUAUGCCGAAAAUUCGUUUGCCUAGGCAGUAUGAGGAGGGACUACUCAUUGAAGCAGAAGAAGUGGUGCGAUUAAAGGUCGGAAUAGCUGGUCGACCGUCGCCAAUGGUUGUAUGGUGCCAUAACGGAGAAAUUAUCAAAAAUGGUGGUCGGUAUGAGCUCGUCACUAAUGACAAGAACUCUUCACUGAAAAUUGCCAGUGCCAAGAGAUCGGAUCGUGGCGAGUAUAAUUUGAGGGCUAUUAACAAGCUGGGUGAAGACAACGUGUCAUUUUUAGUCACAGUCACGGAUAGACCAAGUCCUCCCGGAAAAGUUAUGAUUUCAAUGUCGCUGGGUAAAUCAGUUUCGUUACAAUGGAGUCCACCUGACGAUGAUGGAGGUUGCAAAAUUGGUAAUUACGUAGUGGAAUACUUUCGAGUCGGUUGGAAUGUUUGGUUAAAGGCCGUUACCACCCGUCAGUUGAACGCAACAUUGAACGAUCUUAUCGAAGGUUCCGAAUAUAAGUUUCGAGUAAAAGCUGAAAGUCCUUAUGGAAUGAGUGAUCCGAGCGAAGAAUCCGACGUUUUGUUUAUACCCGAUCCAAAACGUGGUAUCACUAAACCAGUAGUGUCAGCUGAAGAAGAAUCAAUUUCAGAACCUCUGCCGAAACCGAGAAAACGAAAUCCAAGUCCAUUAUCUGGUGAUCGAAAGCCAGUUAAAGUUGAUAAACAGGAGCAAACGACUAGAAAAGUAAUUUCGUUUGACAUUCCACCUUUGCCCACAAAGGUGAAAAUCGAUACGGAAAUUUACGAUUCUGGAGCAAUAGUUCGUGAAAUGAACUAUGGAACUUCGGUUCAUGAAAUAAAGAACGAAUUGGUCGAUCAGAUGCAUCGAACAGACGAAGAUAUGAUAAGAGAAAUGACCUUUAGUGGCUUAAAUGAAACCUAUAAUCCGCGUGGUAGAUUGAUAGAAUCGGCAGAUAGUAAGGACAAAUCUAAUGCAGCUACAAAAUCGAUAAUGAAACAAACUGACUACGAAAACUUCCGGGAUGGAAAGAGCAAUGGAAAAACGCUUAACAUGCAUUUAAGCGCUCCCCCAGACAAUCACGACGACGUACAUACAAGCAGUGAAUUUGUGUUGGUGUUAUAUGACGACGAAAAGAGGAAUAAUCAAGAAAAACCAAUGUCGUUUGACCUCGAACUAGACGAAGCAAUAUCACCACCACCACUGUCAUUGUCGGCACCGGAACUCGGAACGUUAGGGACAGAGGCGCCACAAACGCCACAACAGCUACAACUUCGACGCUGUGUCAGUUCGACAGAAUUAUUAUACGAAAAGGCAAUGGCCCGAUUCUAUCAGGCGGUUGAAUUGGAAGAAUCAGAAAAUGCUAAAAAGCGCAGCGCUAGCAUUGAACCGGUUUCAUUGCGGUCCAGACUAAGCAGUAUUGGUGAUAACGACCGACAUUUAUCGGAUAGAUGCUCAUUAGAGCGAACGAAUUCAUUUAAACGAAAAUCGAUUGAGAUAAUUGGAACUGGAGGUAUCAUCAAACCUCCAACGAAGGUUGAGCCAUUGAGUAGUACUAAAUCUGAAAAUGUUGAUCCGACAAGCAAGGAAGCAGACGAAACCGAAGAUGAACGAGACUUGAAGAAGGAAAUUCUGGAUUCUCAGAAAAAGUUAAGUUUGAUUCGAAAUCUCGAACCCUCAUCGAGCUUAGAAUAUGAGGAUGACUAUACUGACAGUACAGCAUCGUCAGCCUCACUCACAUCCAUUGAUUCGUUAGAGAAAUUCAAAUCAACUCUUCUAGCCAUGAACAAGCCAACCUCCACUAUUAAGCAAACUGAAGGAAGCGAACUUGACACAUACCAUCCGGUGAUGGAACCACAAUCUGAAUCGUCUAGGAAAAUAAUUGAAAGCCCAUUCAAAGCAGUCUAUGAUACACACAUGAGACGAGAAGAAUUUUCGAAUGACGCAGAUGUAUCUCAAUCUAUCGACGACGAAGAUUUGGAUGACAGCGAAGAGAACAGUGUGAAGCGGUACAUAUCUCCGAAACCGGAACCACGAGCACUCUCACCAUACCGAAUCCCCGAACCAGAUCAAUCCACAAUACUUUUAACGAAACCGCUCCCUUCACCCAGUCCAGAUUUUGUUCCAAAACCAAUUUUGAAAACUUCGUCUGCAAGUGACUCAGUUACAGAGAGUGAUGCGAAAGAGAAAGCCGUGCCGACCAAACCGACAAGGGAAAAGAAAAAGGAACGCAAGGGUAUCAUGCAAUUAUUUGGUGGAAAGAAGUCGCCACAAAGUGAGAACGUAGCCCCGACGCCUCCAACACAAGAAGAAGUUAAGCCAAAAACUACUGAAGAGAAAAUGACACCUGCUGCGUUAGCUAAGAAAAAGAGUAUGGAGCAAAGACAAAGCUCUAUGGAAGAGAACAAAGUUGCAGUCGAUCAUUACAGUGACAUAGUGAAAGAAAUGAGCGUUUUGAUAAAGCCGAAAGUUCCUUUGUAUAUGAGUAGUGAGGAACUGAAGAAAGCUGCAGAGAAAGCAGACGAAGAGAUGCGAAACGUUCCGAUAAGCAGUAGUAACGACGCAAUACCGAAAUCUGUACUAGAAACCGAAAAGAGAGACAGCUUCGAAAGACCUGCAGUGUCUAGACGAAGCACAUCCCGAGAGUCUGAUUCACGCAGCAUUUUUGCGAUUAAACUGUCCAAAGAUCCAAAGAAGACUGGUCAACGAGAGGAAAUAGUUCGAUCGCAAUUAUCGCUUGAAACCGAUGCUCCCACUGACAAGAUACUUGACUCCAAACUAACAGAAAUAAAACCAGCUUCCACGAAAGAUGAUUCAAACGAUGCCAAGGAUGAGAAAUCUCGAGGGCGAUCAUCAAAAGCGACUACAAUUCCAACCAGAUCGGCUUCCAAAACGCGUUCAAGAAGUAGUUCAGCACUUCGAAGUAAAACAGUUCAGUUGAAAGAGCCCGAUGACAAGUUGCCAGUACGUACACGAACACCAUCAAGUACCAGAAAUCGUAGCGAAUCCAAAUCCCCUUCGGUUAAAUCUCGAACACAGCUAAAUCAAAAGAAUCUGCAAAUAACACGAACUCUUAUCAAAGAUCCGGACAGCAAACCAUCAACUCCGUCCGCAACACCCGAACCGCGAUCGCAAACACCUGAAGAACUGAUGGUCGAAGCGGAAGAAAAGGUGAAAUCAACCAUGAACUACAUAACCGAUUUGGCGCUGUUCGUCGUUGCUUGCUGGGUGUACGUAUUCAAAGAUGCUUGGAUGGCGGUACCGAUUUUAGGUUUAAUGGUCGGCCGGCAACUUGGAAGUACACUGCAAGAUAAAUUUCCAAAAUGGAUGAAACGCAAGAGAGACUAAAAAGUCGCCGGAUAACAUAUGGUUGUGUGCACUUAAUAUUAUACUUGGAAAUACGCGUCUUUGUUAUUGUGUUUGUUUCAUUUAAGUCUAUUUAAUAAACUACUUUUCUUUUUGUUAA